UCAUCAUCACAGUUUGCAACUAGGUGAGAAAGGUCCGCCUUCUAAGCCGCCCCCCAAAAGAACGAAAGUAAACGCUUUUUUCUGGAUUCAGACCUCAUAUUUUCUGUUAUUGCUCUAUGUCGACAUCACCCACUCUUCCCCCCCCCCCCCCCCCCCCCCCCCCCCCCACUCCUCUCUCUCUCUCUCUCUUAAUGGCCAGAUUUUGUAAACUACUAAACUGCACGAACUUGGAGGGCCAAAAGGAGUGGAGGUUAUCAAACUGCACAUGAUUGAGUAUUGCUGUAUCUUGCCAUCGUCAACUCUCUUCUUCUUCUUCUUCUUUCUCAUUUGUAAUGCCCAAAGAUGUUAAAGAUCCCGGCCGGCUUUACGGCCUCGCGAAUAAUCAUCAUCAUCAGCAGCACAGAAUAGCCAUGCUUUGCCAAUUCUUGGAUGCCUUCUUGCUGACUAGUGUUGUGGUUCUCCCUUGCUUUGCCAAUUCUGCAUAUGCUUCUUGCAACCAACUUGAUCAUGAUUCUCUUAUGCAGCUCUCCCUCAGUGUUCCCAGUCCAUCAGCUCCUCUGAAUUGGGCUUCUGGAGUGGACUGCUGCCUCUGGGAAGGCAUUGCUUGUGAUGGGAAUGGUCGGGUGGCGCGCCUCUGGCUGCCCUCCAGAGGCCUUCAAGGGAGGAUUUCGCCUGCUAUCAGAAACCUCACCGGUCUGUCUCAGCUCAAUCUCUCGUAUAAUUUGCUCUCCGGUCCCCUCCCAGAUGGGUUCUUUAUCUCUCUGAAUCGACUUGAGAUCAUUGACUUGAGCUAUAACCGCCUAUCUGGACAACUGCCAUCAUCGGGUAACUUGCCCAUUUCUGUCCACACAGUGAAUUUGUCCAGCAAUCUUUUUAGUCAGAAAAUCCAGUCUUCAUUUCUUCAAACAGCUUGGGAUUUAUUGGCUUUUAAUGUCAGCAACAACAGCUUCAGUGGCCUGAUCCCUUCGUAUAUCUGUCUCACUUCACCAUCUGUCAAACUCCUAGAUUUCUCCACUAAUCACUUCAGUGGCCAGGUUCCUAGAGGAUUUGGGGGCUGUUCUAAACUGGAGGUCCUGCGGGCAGGUUUCAAUUUUCUUGAAGGACCUCUUCCCAAUGACAUCUACAAGGCUGGUACACUAGAAGAAAUAUCCUUACCUGCCAACAAUCUCACUGGAAACAUUGGUGAUGAAGUAGUUAAUCUGAAAAACCUCAGAAACCUUGAACUCUAUGGUAACAAUUUGACUGGUGAGAUUCCCCAAGAUAUUGGGAAGCUCUCCAACUUGCAACAGCUGCUGCUGCACAUCAAUAACCUAGCAGGCACUCUGCCCCCAUCACUUUUGAAUUGCACCAAUCUCAAGACCCUGAACUUAAGAGUGAACUCCUUCAAGAGUGAACUCUCUUCUCUUGAUUUUUCCAAUCUCUCUCAACUUAGCAUACUGGACCUUGGGAACAAUAAGUUCACAGGUGCCUUGCCAAUAAGCCUUUUUUCAUGCAAAUCGCUAAAAGCAAUUCGAUUGGCAAGUAACCAGCUAAAGGGACAGAUCUUGCCUGACAUACGUGGAUUACAAUCACUGUCAUUUCUCUCGCUUUCUUCGAAUAACCUAACCAAUUUCACAGGAGCAAUCAAGAUUCUCACAGGCUGCAAGAACCUCAGUACCAUUCUCCUGUCGAAGAACUUUUAUAAUGAAGCCCUGUUAGCUGAUGAUAACAUGGUGGAUUCAGAAGGGUUUCAAAAUCUCCAAGUUCUGGGGCUUGGUGGUUGCCGAUUUACUGGUCAAAUCCCAGCUUGGUUGGCCAAGCUUCAGAAGUUAGAGGUCCUAGACCUGUCUUACAAUCAAAUCACAGGUGCCAUUCCAGGUUGGUUGGGAACUCUUCCAAACCUCUUCUAUGCAGACUUGUCUAGUAACCUCCUCUGGGGAGACUUCCCUAAUGAACUUACUCAGCUGCCAAGACUGGUAUCCGGACAGGGUGAUAAUCCAAUAAGUCGGAGUCAUCUAGAGUUGCCUGUUUUUGUUCAACCAAACAAUGCUUCUAAUCUGCAAUACUACAAUCAGUUAGCCAAUCUCCCACCAGCAAUAUACUUGAGAAACAAUAGCCUCAGUGGAAACAUUCCUGUUGAGAUUGGCCAACUGAAAUUUAUUCACGUUCUAGAUCUCAGUAUGAACAACUUCUCCGGCAACAUUCCGGUUCAAGUAUCCAAUCUGACUAAUUUGGAAAAACUUGACCUUUCUGGAAACAAUCUCUCUGGUGAAAUUCCAGCUUCACUGACAAGUCUACAUUUCUUGUCCUCAUUCAGCAUUGCUAAUAACAAACUUCAAGGAGCAAUACCAACAGGAGGUCAGUUUGAUACUUUUUCAAUCUCAAGCUUUGAGGGGAAUGCAGGGUUGUGCGGUUCAGUUCUUCACCAGCCCUGUUCCAGUCAGACACAGUCUUUCCAUCCCUCUCCACCUAAUAAAAUCCAAAAAAAGAAAAUCAUUAUUGGAGUCAUCCUUGGCAUCAGUUUUGGCAUUGGCUUUACUCUCACCAUGCUAGCGUUGUGGAUAUUAUCCAAGAGGAGGAUCCUCCGAAGAAGUAACCCUAACAAAAUGGAUUUAGAUAGUUCCUUCAAUUCCAAUUCCGGAAUAUCUACUGAGCUUGGCAAGGAUACAGGUCUGGUGAAAGUAUUCCCAAAUAAUCCUGAUGGAAUCAAGAAUCUUGCAAUCUCCGACAUUCUGAAAGCCACUGAGAAUUUCAGCCAAGGAAAUAUUAUUGGCUGUGGGGGUUUUGGACUGGUCUAUAAAGCAACUUUAGACAAUGGCACCAAGUUGGCUGUUAAGAAACUAUCAGGAGAAAUGGGUCUGAUAGACAGGGAGUUCAAAGCAGAGGUAGAAGCUCUGUCAAUGGCACAACACAAAAACUUGGUCUCCUUGCAGGGUUAUUGCGUGCACAAUGGCUGUCGAUUACUGAUAUAUUCCUAUAUGGAAAAUGGAAGUCUUGAUUAUUGGUUGCAUGAGAAGACUGAUGGAGCAGCACAGCUUGACUGGCCAACUCGAUUGAGGAUUGCACAAGGAGCAAGUUGCGGUCUGGCUUACAUGCACCAGAUCUGUGAACCACAUAUAGUCCAUCGUGAUAUAAAGUCCAGCAACAUCCUCCUUGAUGAUAAAUUUGAAGCACAUGUUGCAGAUUUCGGGUUGUCCCGAUUGAUUCUUCCAUAUCAUACUCAUGUCACCACUGAGCUGGUUGGAACUCUGGGUUACAUUCCCCCGGAGUAUGGUCAAGCGUGGAUAGCCACAUUGAGAGGGGACAUGUAUAGUUUUGGAGUAGUCAUGCUGGAGCUGCUGACAGGGAAGAGACCAGUAGAGGUAUUCAAACCAAAGGGGUCUAGAGAAUUGGUUCUCUGGGUGCAGCAGAUGAGGAGCGAGGGAAAACAAGAUGAAGUCUUCGAUAUUCUCCUGAGAGGCAAGGCCUUUGAAGAAGAGAUGCUCCAGGUGCUUGAUGUAGCCUGCACGUGUGUCAACCAGAAUCCUUUGAAGAGACCAACAAUUACAGAAGUGGUUGAGUGGCUCCGCAAUGUAGGGGCUAACAGGGAGCCAUUAAAAUGAGAAGGCACGGUAAGCAUAGGUAAUUUUGUGGAUGUGUAUAUUGUUAGGCAAGUUCUAAUGCAUCAGUAUCUUUCAUAACUGGUUGCCUAAGCAGGUGGCCAUUGUUUCUUUCACAAUUUUUCUUUUACAGCAACGAGGGAUCCUAGUAUGAAGAGAAGGGUUGCACCAGAGCGAUCAAACUCAACAGUAGAAAUUUACAAACAAAUCAAAAGUCAAAGGCAUAAAAUUCCAAUCUUUUCUUAAGGAAAGUUAAAUUAUUCACUAGUAA